GAGUGUCUUGAUUUUGUGCGACCACUGAACGAAAAUGGAGAGAAUCUGGGUACAAAACCGACUUUUUCUGAUGUGUUCAGAUUGUACACAAGUUUAAAAACAGGCAUGACAAUGAAGGAGUGGUGCGAAAGAAUGGUACCGCGGCAGUAUAAUGUUGACGAAAGGCGUCUGGUGCAGUUUGGUAUUUGCCAUGGUUUUGUUCGCAAGUUGUGCAUUUAUCCAGUAUCACUGAGAAAAGGCGACACACGACGGUAG